AGAGGGAAGUUGGGGUUGGGCUGAGGGAAUCGAGAUGACAGUUUGCUGAGAAACACUGACCUCAGAGGAUCCAGCUGCUCGUGCUCCUGUCUCCAAGAAUCCCACUCACAGAACAACAUGAACUUCCCAUUUCAGGGAGAACAGCCAUGGAGGACCAAUUCCAGGGAGAGCUGUCAUUGCUGGGGCACUGGGGAAGUUUCAGGGGGUGUCCAUAUUGCUGACUGGGUGCAGUUUCUCCAGGAUAUAAAGCAGGAGCUGACAGCUCCCUCAUCAGCCACACUCCCUCUUCAACACUGAACACUCCCAAGGUGAGCCAGGCCAGGAUGAGGACAGCACUGUGUGUAGCUGCCGUUGUGGUGGGAGCACUGGCAAUCUGCUUGAUCCAGGAUGGUGUGACUGCCGCUCCAGCUGGCUCUGUGACUGUCGAUUGCUGUGAGAGCUUUAAGACCACUCGCAUUCCUCAUAAACGGCUCGUAAACUUCACCAGGACAGUUGGCUGCUCUACCCCCUCCAUCAUCUUCACAAACAGGAGGAAGAUGAGAAUUUGUACGAGAGCGAGUGAGAAAUGGGUUCAAGAUGCAGUGGCAUUUCUGGAGAAGAAACUGGGGGUUUAAAGAGAAGAACCUCUGAAAGCACAAUCUUUCAAUCCACUGGAAACGCAUGGAGUGUUGGACUGACUGGCGUUACACUGGGGGACAGGCAGAAUGGAGAAGGUGGAUCCACAAACUGAUUCCCUGAUCACUUGCAAUAUUCCUGUUGCUGUGCUCAUUCACAUGAAAGACUGGGGGCAGUAACUAAUUAACGUUCCCCAUGUAUUCUCCAAUCCUCAGACUGAGUGAAGAGCAUUCAUGGAACAGGGGAAAUGUGACUGGAUAACAAUGGGACAGACUGAGGGAACAGUCAGUCUGACACUGACUCCAGCAACUGUCCAGCUGAUCCCAGGAUCUUCCCACAGGCUUGAAUUCAGCACAGCCGGUCGGGUCUGUCCCUGCCCUUACUGGAGUUUGUUUGCCUGUUCCCUUCACCCACACUGGGCAAAGAUAUUGUGGCACACCUUCAACCCCAACUCCCUACUGGGGGGGUGAAGUGAGGGGCACUCUGAGCUGGGGGUCAGUCACUGUGGCUGGGGGUUGGAUUGUGAUUCGGGCAAUGGGGAAAGUAUAUUGGAGGUGGGUGUGAAGGUCAAUCUCUGUGGCUGGGUUGGGUAGAUCAGUCUCUGGGGUUAGGAGAUGAAUCAGACUCUGGGGUGGGUGUGGGUCAGGCACUGGAGGUGUUGAUGUGGGUUUACGCUGGGGAUGCUCAUGUGGUUCUGUCUCUGGGGCUGGGUUAGGAUAGUCUUUGCAGGUGAGGGUGCAUCAGUCUCAGUCAGUGAUGUAUAGCUCUGUGUCUGGAUGUGGGUGUGCCUAGCCUCUGGGUGUGGGGGCUCUCUGUCGGACUCCCUGAACAGCACACUAUAAUUCCAUUAGUAAUCCCAGAAUGGUUGUGAUAUUUCCCUUUCCUCUCCCUCAUUGCCUCACUGAAUUCCCAGCUUGUGAUCU